GUCAGCGGAGAGGGCGGCUCAAAGAUGGUUGCCAUUAGCGACGGAGCAACCGAAAGUGCCGAAAGUUGAAAAAUUAUUUCAGCGAAAAGUGGAAGAGAAGUUACUUAAGAGUUUGUAGGGUACGUACUCCACAUGGCGGCUGCACAGAGCAAUGCAGAAAAAUCCAUGAAGGCGGAGGACAGCGCGGUGGAGCAUAUGAACUGUAUUCAGAAGUCACCUGAGAAAUUUCAAAGCCUUCCCCCAGAGGGUCUACCAGAGGGAAAGAUGCUGAGGUCCAGGAUAGAUGAGCAGUCAAGUUUAAUCUGCAUACUGAAAAAAAGAGCCGAUGAGAUGCUUCUCCGAUAUCAAGGCCUGCAGAAAAUCAAUAUCGAGCUGGAGGACCAAGUAACACACUGUCGGAAAGAACUGGAAGGCGAACGAGAGAAAUCAGAGAUACUGGAAAAAAGAUUUAUGGAUUUAGCUGCCAACAAUCAAGCAAUUAUUGCUUUCAUGGAGGAGUAUAAAAAUGAUAACAGCCAGUUAAAGCUGGAAAACAAAAAGCUGCAGUCAGAGAACGAAUCACUUUUCUCCCAGAAUUUACAUGACAAAGAAGUGUUAGUUCAAAAACUGAAGGAAGAAGUCAAACAGCUGACAGAGAAAUAUGCAAAGAAAGAAAGUGAAUAUCGAGAGAAACUAGCUGGAUGCCAAGCAAAACUCCUGGAACAGGCAAAUCAGCAUAAAGCCAGUGAAGCAUCACUACUCAGUGAGCUGCAUGAUGCACAGCAGCAGCAUAAAGAUGCCGUGGACAAAUGCAAAGAACUGAAACUGCAGCUACAAGAGGUGAAAGAAGAGCACGCUGUGAAUGAAAUCAACACGAGAGAAGCCAUAACAGGUGUCACCAAGGAGAAGGACAAGUUUUUGUGUCUUUCUAUGGAAAGGGGCAAAGUAAUACAGGAGAAACAGGAGGAAAUCCAGCACAUGAAGGCGAAAUGGAAAGAAGAGAAGAAAGCGCGACUCGAGGCACAGGAUAGGUUUGAACGAGAAGUGGAAGCAGUUAACAAAGAGGCGAGAGUGAAGUCUCUCCAGUCUGCUCUUGAUCAAUCUGUGAGAAAAUUCGAGAAGCUUAAAGAGGAUUUCGACGCCUUCAAGGAGCACAGCGCCAGCCUCCUUACACAGGAAAGGGAGCUAAAUAGGAAGCUUCGUCACAUGAUUGGCUAAACCUGUGAGGGACCAGCUUGCCCAAAUGACCGGUAAAGACUUCGGCUACCUGGAAGGGCUGAGACAGGAAACGCUGGAUCUUGCGAGCACGAGCCACAGUCAGCUUGUCUUCCUCAGACAAUUCAUCCAUACCAAGAAUAGCAAUGAUGUCCUGUAAU